AUGGACAUGGUCGCCAUCGGGGAGCGGCGCGCCGGCAAGCGUCCCAAAGCCAGAGCCUAUGCCAUGGUGUCUGCCGGCGGGGUUGCAGACUGGUCCAAUCCCCAGGGCUCCAACGAUAAACCAGACUCGCAGAUCAUUUUGAGCCAACAUUCCGUCGUUUUCUUCCGGAAGCUCCGUGCCAAGGUUGGCAACGCAGACUUUUUCGGGUCGAGAACCCUGAACAAGGAUGUAGCUAACUACAUUAGAGACUUACCCCUGUCGCUUUGA